AUGAGCAAAUUCGACACCAACCCAUUCGAUGAGGGAGGCGAGAGCAGCAGCAACGCUGCUCCUGUUCCGAAGUCGGGACUCGGUUCUUUUUUUGACAAAGCUGGAGCGGCCGUGUCAUCUAUGGCGGCGUCGUUUGACAGCGUCGCGUUGACGCCUAAGGACAUUGUGGAGAAAGAGACGCAGCUUGCUGCGAGAGAACAGGAGCUCAAGCGAAGAGAGGAGGAGCUCACCCGACGCGAAGCAUCACUGGGGAUCCAGCGCAACAACUUCCCGUCGUUCUUCCCCCUCAUCCAGCACGACAUCUCCGCGGACAUCCCCGCCCACGUGCAAUACAUGCAAUACCCCGCCUUCGCCUCCUGGCUCGGCAUCAUUCUGUGCCUGGUGUUCAACCUGGUCGCAGUGAUCGUGUCUUGGGUCCUCGGCGCUGUCAGCUCCACCUCCGGCAUGGGUAACUUCUUCCUGGCCAUCAUCUAUGGCGUGCUGGGCAUCCCCCUCUCCUACAUCCUGUGGUACCGCCGCCUCUACAACUCACUCAAGAAGGACAGUGCGCUUGGCUUUGGAAUCUUCUUCCUUGGUUACCUGAUCCAUUGUGGCUUCUGCAUCUUCGCCUCAGUCGCUCCGCCCAUUUUCUUCAGUGGCUUGGCCCUCACCGGAGUGCUCUCCACCAUCUUUGUCUUUGGUAAAUCCGUUACAACUGGGAUCUUCUUCGCUGUUGGUACAGCUCUCUUCAUUGGGGAGUCCUGCCUGUCCAUAUACACCCUCGGGCUUGUGUAUGCUUACUUCCGAGGGGAGGGCAAGAGCAACCAGUUCCGGCGGGAAGCAGCAAUGGCUUCAGCGGGUAUAGGGAACACCAAUGUGUAA